AUGGUUAACGUUCCAAAGACCAGAAAGACCUACUGCAAGGGUAAGACCUGCCGUAAGCACACCCAACACAAGGUUACUCAGUACAAGGCUGGUAAGGCUUCCUUGUUCGCUCAAGGUAAGAGACGUUAUGACCGUAAGCAAAGAGGUUUCGGUGGUCAAACCAAACCUAUCUUCCGUAGAAAGGCAAAGACUACUAAGAAGGUCGUUUUGAGACUGGAGUGUGUCCAAUGUAAGACCAGAGCCCAAUUGAGUUUGAAGAGAUGCAAGCACUUCGAAUUGGGUGGUGAAAAGAAACAAAAGGGCCAAGCUUUGCAAUUCUAA